CGAAACGCACGAAACAUGUACUGCUGGUGCUGGAACCCUAAUUUUAGAAUUUGGUGUUCUCAAUCUUGUUGGAAACGUUAUAAAUAUUCAGACUGGUCAAUGGAUUCACACUGCUGCUAGCACUGGGGCUGGAAUUGAUUCAUUUUAUGAAUACUUACUAAAAGCUUAUGUGCUUUUUGGAGAAAGCGAAUAUUUACAUAUUUUUAAUGAAGCAUAUUCCGCAGUUCUCAGGCAUGUUCGUGACGAAACUGGAUAUUUAUAUAGGAAUGUGAAUAUAUUGAAUGGAGGACUGAUGUCUGCCUGGGUGGAUAGUUUAUCUGCUUAUUUUCCUGGCUUACAG